ACAAUCAUCAUCAUUAAAACCAAUUAGAGUUAAUUAAUUAAAUUGUUUUUUUUUUAAGUGUUUGGUGAUUAGGGCAAGAAUGGUGAAAUUGGCAUUUGGAGAUUUUGGUGACUCUUUUAGUGCUGCCUCAAUUAGGGCUUAUUUGGCUGAAUUUAUUGCUACUCUUCUUUUUGUAUUUGCUGGUGUAGGAUCUGCUAUUGCUUUCGGCAAAUUAACAGAAGGUGGAGCACUAGACCCAGCAGGGCUAGUAGCAGUAGCAGUUGCUCAUGCAUUUGCCCUAUUUGUUGGAGUUUCUAUUGCAGCCAACGUCUCUGGUGGACACUUGAAUCCAGCUGUCACCUUUGGAUUGGCUGUCGGAGGCCACAUAACCCUCCUCACUGGCCUUUUCUAUUGGGUUGCCCAAGUUCUUGGUUCAGUUGUUGCUUGCCUCCUCCUACAAUUUGUCUCCAAUGGCAUGAGCGUUCCAGCCCAUGGAGUAUCAUCAGGAAUGAGUGCAAUAGAAGGCAUAGUAAUGGAAAUUGUCAUCACCUUUGCACUUGUAUACACUGUCUAUGCAACAGCUGCUGACCCAAAAAAGGGCCAAAUUGGAAUUAUUGCUCCAAUUGCCAUUGGUUUCAUUGUUGGAGCCAAUAUCCUUGCUGCUGGCCCAUUUAGCGGUGGAUCCAUGAACCCGGCCCGCUCUUUUGGCCCAGCUAUUGUUAGUGGUGAUUUGUCUCAGAGUUGGAUCUACUGGGUGGGCCCACUUAUUGGAGGUGGGCUUGCUGGGCUUAUCUAUGGUGAUGUCUUUAUUGGAUCUUAUGACCCAGUUCCAUCUGAGAGUUAUGCAUAAGCAUUUCAUCCCUUUGCUUUAAGGGAUUGCCUAAAAUAUUGGUAGUAAUGGUACCUUUGUGAGAAAUUUCACCUUUUUCCUUUAGGGGAACGCCCCAAAAUUUGGCUGAUUGAAGUUAAGUGUAAUGUAUUUUUAUGUUUUUUGUGUGGUCUUGCCUUUUAUAGUCAUGUAAAUAAUAAAAACUUCUUCAAGUUUGAUCAUUUUCACUUUCAAGUUUCAUCCCAAUGGAUAUUAACA